CAGUGACGUUCCGGUGGGCGGGAGGGGGUGUGUCCUGCGCCAUCUUGCCUUCUAGGCUGUGUCAGGGACACUGAGGGCACAGAGUUACCGGCGGAGGCAGCUUCAUUUCCUGACACCAGCACCGUAACCCCUGCCGCACCAUGCUGUCCAGAGUGGCCCUGGCCUCGGGUGAGUGCAGCCAGGGAGCCGCCAUGACCCCGCCUGCAGGACCGGGCUCUGGGAGCGGGACAGGCCGCAUGGCACCCGGGGAGCUGGGGGCCGAGUACUCCCUACCCAGGGUUAUUGUAAAGGGCGGAAUGGCAGCAAUUCACAUUAUACCAAAAUAGACCAACUGAAUCCCCCUCCCCCCCAAGAUUGUUAUGGGUUUAAUUCGGCUAUUAUAGCCUAACAUUUAAAAUCCACCUUCAGGGUCAUACACUAAACUCCUUAUUUUAGGUAAAAUAACAAAGCCGUAGCUGAAUGUGUUUGUUUAUUUUAGAUAAGUUAUUUUAUUCUAAGUUUUACGUUUCAGGUUUAAUUCUCUAAAAUUCUGAGAUUAGUGAAUAACUCGGAUAGAAUUCCCGAUAAUUCACCCUUUAGUGAAUAACCCUGACUGACCGCACCGUGACUGCUUUCAUAUUUAAUAUUUAUGAUUUGCACCUGAUUGUUGUCCUGUGCGGCAUAGCUUGAAAAACACAUUUCUGGCUGCAUUUAUAUAGGCCUAAAUUGAUUACUUCAACUUGUUUAUUGAUUGACUUGAUGAUAACAUUACAUUGACGGGGAUUGUGGAGAAACGACAAAAGGAAAUUUCAAAUUUUGCAGCAAAGUGGGAAGAGUUGGCCAGCUUUUCCUCAUUGGAUGUUUUUGGCCUAAAAUUUUCAAUUCUUUUGUCAGCUUUCCACAAUUCCGGUGUAAUGUCAGUUUUUUUUUUUUUUGACAUGAUUUUAUAAUCCAAGAACAUACAAUUUAUAAAGCGGUUUAGCUCUGUAGGUAUGUGUUUGUCUUGAUUAUUUUUCCCAUAAAGUUAUUCUAUUUCUUUAGCUUUUCUUUCAGUCCAUACCAUUUUUUUAAAUUACAAAUCACAUUUAAAUAUAAACUUGAUAUAAAGCUGCCCCUAAUUGUUUCUUUCCCAAAGCAUUCUCUCAUAACUUUGUAGGCCUUUCAAAUGACUUUGUAACAACCUUUCAGCAGUGACCCCAGUACACUUGAUUACACACAACCUUUUUGGUAUCUACAAUCAUUCAUCCUGGGAUAUUCAUUGUGGAGUUGAUGUGGCUGAAAUGAGUUGGUCUGGAGACCAGAUCAAGGUUUCCAGUCCCUCUUAAAGUUCAAGUUUUUAGGAGUUCUUAUAAGUGCCUUUUUGUAACUUAUUUCAACAAAUGGGAAAACCUAUCCUACUACACCUAUAUUUCUAAAUAUGCACUAACACUAUGUUUUAGAUGGAUCCUUAAUUAUUUCACUUGCCUGAGGACUAUUGGCUAACUUUUUUUUUGUUUUUAGCUAUGAUAGCUGACCGUUGCAUGUAAAUCAUUUUGCUUCUCUGCCAAACUUUAAUCAAAAGCUGUAAGUCUCAAUAUAAAUGCACACCUGAUUCUGCAGGAUUGUUAAAUCCUCUAUAGCACUGAGGAAAAGUUAUAUGUGUAAAGCUAAAAUGUUUGUAAUGCAUAACAUGUUUCAGAUUUGCCCAUUUUUAGUGCAGAAAAUGUCAUAGGGCAGGGGUCUGCAACCUUUUAGUAGAACUGUGCCAAUACAAGAUUUUUAAGACCCUUGGCGGGCCGGUCCUAAUUUUUUUUUAAAUUGAAGUGUAUAUCUUGCUGUAUUGUGCUUGUUAUUUAUGGUUGCUGCAGUUGCUUUGUAACGUUGUAUUUGUGCGUAUGUGAACAGUUAUAUUGCAAAUUCUCAUGAGAAGUUUGUGGUAUUAUUAUUAUUAUUAUUAUUAUUAUUAUUAUUAUUAUUAUUAUUAUUAUUACUACCAUUUAUGUAGCACUUUACAACAUUUUGAGAGGGGGGAUUUAACUAUAAAUAGGACAAUUACAAGAAAACUUACAGGAACGAUAGGUUGAAGAGGACCCUGCUCAAACGAGCUUACAUUCCAUAGGAUUGUGUAUGAUCCCUAUGAAUGUGGACUGUGUAUGGGGCCUGCUUGUGUGUGUCGAUGAUGUCACAUUGCAUGAUUAAUGGUGUGUGGGGCUGUGUGCAUAUAUGUGGAUUGUCAGUGGUGUUUGUGGGGACUGUGUGUGUGUUUGUAUGUAGGCUAUUUGUAUUAGGAAGAGGUUUUUUUUUUUGUUUUUGUUUUUUUUUCUUCUGCAACUCUGUGUAUACCUAGCAGUGUGGGUGGCUUCCUUGGGGGUUCAGUGUGGACCAGGCUGGCCAGGUAUGGGUCAAGGACAGGAGCUGCUGCAGGUUGCUGUACUCCAGUGUGGAUUCCCCUGAGAUCACUUCCUCUAAGUGAUAUAACGUGUAAAUUGAGGAAUGUCCCUCACAAGCUGCAAUCGCCGCCACUUGGGUUGCACUAGCAAAUAUCACCACUUGGACUCCUGUUACGCCAGAGCCUGUUUGGCUCUGGCAACCUUGAGUGCCAUGCAUGGCACACGUGCUGUAGGUUGCUGACCCCUGUCAUAGGGUGUCUUUAAACACUUGCAUGGUUAUACAGUAAAGGGGCACUUUUUUUUCCUUUUUUAAACAUCUUCUGCCCCAUGGUGGGGCACGAUGGAGGGGGAAACUAUAGUGCCAGGAAAACAAGUUUGUUUUCCUGGCACUAUAGUUUCCCUGUAACUUUGUAGUAAUAACAUGAUUUUCCUAAAGGAGAAGACUGGAAGUAGGGGUCUGUGCCGAGCAGGAUCCAGGUCAUUUGGCAUGUAUCUGCUUGGAGAGAAAAAAAUACGUCACCUGUAAAAAAAAUAAAAAUAAAAAAAUAAUAAUAAUAAUUGCCUGCUACUGGGUUUGCUAGAAGUAAUCUAGUAAAUAUGUGAAUUCUAUAUAUUUCAUAGGUUUCACAUGUAAGAAUUACUGAUUUUUAAAGUAUACACAGAAUGGCACUGAAUAAAAUGUGCCUGUUCAUUUCAAAUAAUCAUACUUCAGUCUGAUUGUCUUUUAUGGAAUACAGUGAUUUCAAAUUCUAUUAAAUUUAUGCUAAGUUUUCUAAUGCGCACUAUCAAACAAUGAAUACCUCUGUUGGUGAUUUAUUUACUUGUAAGUGUGUAGUCUACAACAAUAUGUUACAUAAUAAUGUCAUAUCAUGAAUGUUCUCCUAUCUGUCCUUGCUAUUAUUAUAGAUACAUAUACUUACUAAAUCUGAAUAGUCCAAAACAAAUGUUUAAUCAGUAUUUUUAUUUUUAUUUCUAGCCUCUGCCCUGAGGAACUCUGCUCCUCUCAGUAUGGGGUAAGUUUUUUUUAUUUUUUUUUCUUAUUAUUAUUUAUUAUUAUUUUUUUAUAAAUGCAGUAAAGGAAAAUACUCAAAUAGUUGUCACUCACUAGUGGAAAAUGUUAGUUCUACUAGUUGAGUGGUUUUCAUUUAUUUAACACUCCAAGAACCAUAACCACUACAGCAUAGAGAAUGCCCAGGCACCUUCAUCUAUGCAGCCAGGAGAGCUAGAAGUUCCAGCUAAGGAGACCCUGUUGGCUCUCCUGAGGUAAGCCCUGCACCACUGGGUCCAGUUCAGGCAGGAAAGCUUCCAGCUUUCUGGAGGCUAUAGUGGCAGGGGCCCGGUGGACCACAUGUAAGAAAUCAAACAGUUCUAAAAUGGUUUGACUACUUACUUUAGUAAGUAGUGGUUAGGGUGCUUGGAGUGCUCCUUUGCUAUAGUGUGUGUAUGUUGCUAUUUAUUUGGAAGACUUUGUAUAUGUCUAUAUUGAAGUUGCCAAACCAUGUUGGCCAAUGCCAGAUCAAAUUGCUGUUAUAUUUAUUUUUAUUUUUGUCUCUGUUAGCCUUGUGCAUGCGAGUAGGUCUUUUCACACUGGGAAAGUUGCCUUGGCUCCCGUACCUCCUCUCCCAGAGAAAGGAGGGAAGGUUCGUUAUGGGUUGAUCCCUGAAGAGUUCUUCCAGUUCCUCUAUCCCAAGACUGGAGUCACAGGUAAGCAAAUGCUUUAUAUUUUGUGAUGACAUAUAGACUUCAGGUCGAUGUACAUUAAUUUAAUACCUAAGAAGUAACAGCUAUCUAUGUUAAUCUGUAAAAUAUCAUAUCUGCAAAAUGUGCGAAUUGGUAAAAGGAAAAAUGUGAAAAUUUAUAUAAACCAUGAUUAGCACUUCAAAUUGUAUCAAUACGUUUCACAUUUAAAAAAAAAAAAAAAUUUGUUUUUAAUCAAUAGGCAUAACUUUACACCAUGUCAUAUUUGUGAAUAAGACACUAAAAUCAUUUAAGAUUUUUGUUCAAGGAGCUUUAACCACUUACAUUUUGUGUUUCAUCCUUUUUUUUUUUUUUCAAAUAGGAAAAUGUGUUAUUUUGGCCCAAAACAUGCAAUUAACAUGUCGGUGCUAACACUUUCCAGUUUAAAGAAUAAACCUACUCACUUCAGAUAUUCUCCUUACUUGACACAUUUAGGCAUUUGUCAGGAAUUGGCACAUAUUCCGUACAAACGGGUAUAUUCAGGCAAUUGUUGGAUCUUGAACAAUUCUUCUUUACUUAACCCCCAUAGCUGCAAAGAAAAAAAAAAAAUUGUAAAUAAACUUAAAUAACCAAAUUUGAUGAAACACACAAUGUAUAUAAAUUUUAAACCAAACUAGUUAAGUGGAAAUAAUGGCUAAGAUGGAAGAAUUUUCCAGUUUGGCUAUUUUGGCUUACACUUUUUUUAUUUCCCAAUUAAGUAAAUAUCCUGAAUUGUAUGAUAACAUUUCUCGGCCCACUAUAAAUAGUUGUGCAUUUUGUCCUGAACUAUAUAUGUUAGACUAGCUGUAAAGUGCUACCUGUUUCCUGACUGGCUAUCCAUCAAAGGAAACCUCCUGAGAGCUUUAUUGUGGGAAGCUCUUUUCUCAUUAUGACAAGCUCCCAUCUUUCCUCACUUGUCAUUCCCACCAUAACAAAACACCUUGUUCUCCAAACCAUUUGAUAAAAAGAAAUGCUGUAAAUUAACUGUCUUGAAUGAAAUGAUGAUGUAAGCUUUGUCGUACCUCCUAAAAUUGAAAGCUAAAUUUAAAAAAAAUAUAUAUAUAUUUUUUUUUUUAUGCAACAAAGAGGAAUAUAUAGGCAUUUAAAAGAGAGAUAAACCAAUGGAUUUUUAAUCAGGCCAUACGUUAAAUGCCCCAGGUUCUGCACCUUCAGAAGCGUACCAAAAAAUAAUCUGACAUGUCUAAAUAGAGUAAGGACUAUGCUUAGAUAUACAGAAAUCUAGCUAGAAUAGAGGAGGGCCACAGAAAGAAAAAAAAAACUGCAUGACUGUUGAUUUGUUGAAGAAAUUAUCCCCCUGGGAGAUUCCGGUAAGGAAUCUGUAUACAAUCUUAAUGGCAGGCCUAGAAGUCUUUAGGGUCAUAGAUGUUGUACAUGAGUCCCAGUGAUUCCUUGUACGCAGCAGAGCUCAGCCAAUGCCCUCGAUGGGUAGGAUGCAAUCGGGCAUUAGGGAGAGGACAUACAGGGAAGGUGCUUGCAGACAGUGCAGAAGCCCAGUCGUUGUCGGAUGUCCUGCAGAUACCGCAGACCUUGAGUUGGUCCUUAGCAGCUUCGUGAUGGGCCUUCACUUGAACGAAGUCUGCCGCCGUGUGGGAACUCUCACCGUGUGUUAAGCCCACCGGGCUCUUGAAUAGCACCCUAAAGAGAGGUAGUCAAUGUUUGCAGUGGGGCAGGUGCAUCCUGCGUUGAAGCUGCUUCCAGACGUUAUAGAAAAGCUUGUCCAGUUGGGUAAGUAUAUUGCUGGAGUCAUCCCGGGCAGAUGGGAGCCAUGCAGCCUCUGCCAUUUUCGUUAGGCUGCAGCAUGAUGUGCUCCAAGUCAAAGCCACAGCUGCCUGAGUUGGGCAUCUACCCAGGGAUCACUGGACACUAAUAGGCUUUAAAAUGCCAAUCUUAGCAGGUUUGUGGAGGAGCCCUUCUGAGAUUAAUCUAUCCUCUGUGAUAGUCAGGUCCCGUCCCUGAAAGCUAAAUUUUUAUUGAUUUUAAUUAUUUUGUUUAAAGCAUCUGAUUCUUGAUUUACAUUCAAGGUUUGAGCAGGUUAAUGUUUAUUACAACAGCAAACCUUUUUGGCAAUUUUUUUUUUGUGUUGACACAAUAAAACACCAAACUAAGUAGUUCUAACAACCAGUUGUCUGUUCAUAUAUUUCUGUAGGUCCUUACAUGUUGGCUACUGGUCUCCUUGUCUACCUCCUGUCCAAGGAAGUCUACGUUCUGAAUCAUGAGACUUUUGCUGCUGCUUGUAUUGGCGUGGUAAUUGUUUACAGCAUCAAGAAAUUUGGGCCACAAGUGGCAGACUUUGCAGACAAACUCAAUGAAGUAAGCUUUUAUCUAUUCUGUUUGCAUCCACAAGUUUACAAAUAGAAUAUAAAAAACAUUGGAGUAACACAGUUCUUCUUCUUUCCUGCCCUGCAUGUACACUCUAGUUCAAUAAAAAGGCCACAUUUAUAUUUUCAUUAGCUGGUAAUGUUUUUCUGGUCUGUCUAUCUUGAUGUUGGGCAACCUUAAAAGAGCAUUCUGAAUUUGCAAUGUGAUCCCGGAUACACAAGUAUAAAUUGCUAGAUAUGUUUCCAUUAGAUUUGUGAAUUUGUAUGGUUGAUCAGGAGUGUUACUAGUAUUAUAAGCAGUCAGUUGUACAUGAAAUGUCCAUUGUAUGUGACUGAAUAGUUUGAUGCAGUGUCCACUAUUGUAUCUAUUACUGUAAAGCCCAAGAAGGUCAAAUUAAUUUAUAGUUGAAUAACUUAAUCUACAAGUUUGUAGCACAUUUGUGUAACACAAUCCAGGUUACUUACUGAAGUGAGUAUUCGAGAUGAAAGUCACAUUGAAAGCCUGAGUAGCCAACUGAAACCAUAAUUGAUUUGAGAAUUUUUCCACUUCAGCAAUUUUUUAUCUAAAAUGUGAAAUUCACAUUGAAUUCUCACUUUCAUAAAUAACCAUGAAUGUGUAGGUAGAAUGUUUUGCAUUUAAAGGGGAACUUGUAUAAAAUGUAUUUGUACGGCAUGUGUAUGGAUUGCAUGCUUAUGCCUUCCAAUAUGAAGCUGUGAGCAGUGGGGUAUUGGAUGAUUUACUACUGCCUACUUUAAUGUGGAUUGUUGUGAAUCAUUAUGUUAAUUAAUACUUGUUGAUGUUGAACUGUUUUAAUACAUUCUCUCACUGUAGGAAAAAGUUGCAAGUGCUCAGGCAGUGAAAGAUGCCUCAGUUAAGAAUUUUGAGCAAGCAAUAGAUGAAGAGAAGAAGGAGCAAUGGAGGGUUGAGGGACGACACUACCUCUUUGAUGCCAAAAGGGUAAGUUCUGUUAAAAUUGUUUGAGUUUAAUAAUCUAUGGAAUCAAAUCAUUCAUCUUAGGGCUUGUUUCAAAAUGUCACUAACUCCUUCCCUCAUGUUUGUUUGUUUGCUCUUACUGUCAUUUUACACUAAAAAACUAAAUUUAGUACAUAAGGAACCCUAGCCCGCUGGAAAUGCAUUUCUCUCCUAGAGCACAUAUAUGCAUUUCUCUCCUAGAGCAUCAAAUCACUGGAACCUUUUUCUUGCCCUGCUUAGUGGCUGCACUUUGGCAUCUAGGGAGGUAGAACGGUUCUGAAGACACCCUUCACAGAAGGUGGCAAUGUCAGCUUGCAAUGAGUAACACAAAACAAAAUGCAGUCCGCACUCAGGAGUAAACACUUAUGAUCCACAGAAAUAAUGAAAAAGUGCAAAAAAAAAUUGCAGUGAUUUAUAGCAGUACUUCAAAAAGCUUAGUAUAAGAGCAGGAAUAUUGAGUAAUGCAAACGGCAUAUGAUAAUCACAAGACUCAUGUUGAGAAUGCACUAGGGAGGUGUGAAACGCAUCUAGGGUACUCACUCUUACCUUUUUGUUUGUGGUCUUCCUCACGUCUGGCAGCAGCAGGUAUCACAACUUCUUAAUAAUCAUUCCUUAAGUGUUUGUUUGUUUUUUUUGUGUUUUUUUGGCAAGUGUGUUGUCUUUGCCUGGAUAUAUGUAUAUUCAUCUUGUGAUUCACCUCCCUUGACUUUUUACCUAUUUUGUUACAUUACAGCCUUAAGUUCAAUGUUUUAUUAAUCUGAAUUUUAUGUGAUGGAUCAGAACACAAUAGUCUAAGUUGGUGAAGUGAAAUGAGAAAAAUAUAUACAUAAAAGAUUUUUUUUUAGAAAUAGAAAACAGAAAAUUGGCAUGUGCGUAUGUAUUCACCCCCUUUGUUAUGAAGCCCAUAAGAAAGCUCUGGUGCAACCAAUUACCUGCAGAAGUCACAUAAUUAGUGAAAUGAUGUCCACCUGUGUGCAAUCUAAGUAUCACAUGAUCUGUCAUUACAUAUACACACCUUUUUUGAAAGGCCCCAGAGGCUGCAACACCUAAGCAAGAGGCACUACUAACCAAACACUGCCAUGAGGACCAAGGAACUCUCCAAACAAGUAAGGGACAGUGUUGUUGAGAAGUACAAGUCAGGGUUAGGUUAUAAAAAAAAUAUCCAAAUCUUUGAUUAUCCCCAGGAGCACCAUCAAAUCUAUCAUAACCAAAUGCAAAGAACAUGGCACAACAGCAAACCUGCCAAGAGACAGUCGCCCACCAAAACCCACAGACCGGGCAAGGAGGGCAUUAAUCAGAGAGGCAGCACAGAGACCUAAGGUAAGGAGCUGCAGAGUUCCACAGCAGACACUGGAGUAUCUGUACAAAGGAUAACAAUAAGACGUACGCUCCAUAGAGUUGGGCUUUAUGGCAGAGUGGCCAGAAGCAAGCCAUUACUUGCAGCAAAAAACAAAAUGGCACGUUUUGAGUUUGCGAAAAGACAUGUGGGAGACUCCCAAAAUGUAUGGAGGAAGGUGCUCUGGUCUGAUGAGACUAUAAAAUUUUACUUUUCGGCCAUCAAAGAAAACCUUAUGUCUGGCACAAACCCAAACAUCACAUCACCCAAAGAACACCAUCAUGCUGUGGGGAUGUUUUUCAGCAGCCAGGACUGGGAAACUGGUCAGAGUUGAGAGAAAGAUGGAUGGUGCUAAAUACAGGAAUAUUCUUGAGUAAAACUUGUACCACUCUGUGCAUGAUUUGAGGCUAGGACGGAGGUUCACCUUCCAGCAGGACAAUGACCCCAAACACACUGCUACACUUGAGUGGUUUAAGGGGAAUCAUUUAAAUGUGUUGGAAUGGCAUAGUCAAAGCCCAGACCUCAAUCCAAUAGAAAAUCUGUGGUCAGACUUAAAGAUUGCUGUUCACAAGCGCAAACCAUCCAACCUGAAGGAGCUGGAGCAGUUUUGCAAGGAGGAAUGGGCAAAGAUUCCAUUGCUAAGAUGUGGCAAGCUCAUAGAGACUUAUCCAAAGCGACUUGGAGCUGUGAUUGCUGCAAAAGGUGGCUCUACAAAGUAUUGACUUUAGGGGGGUGAAUAGUUAUGCACAUUGACCUUUUCUGUCAUUUUGUCCUAUUUGUUGUUUGAAGAUGUUUUUAUUAUUAUUGUGAAGCAAAGUUGUGGACAUGUUCUGUAAAUUAAAUGAUUCAAAUCCUCAAACAAUCCAUGUUAAUUCCAGGUUGUGAGGCAACACAACACGAAAAAUGCCAAGGGGGGUGAAUACUUUUGCAAGGCACUGUAUAUACUGUUUGCAUUACUCAAUAUUCCUGCUUUUAUAUUCAGAUUUUUGGAGUGCUGCCAUGACUAUUUUCUGCCAUACAUAGCUCCAAUUUUUAUAUCAAUAAAUGUGCACUUUUUCAUUAUUUCUGUGUAUUUUUAUGUGGAUCAUAAGGGUUUACUCCUGAGUGCGGACUGCAUUUUAUUUUGUGUUCCUUGCUGCAUGUGUGGGAUAGCCCAGCACAGGAAUUAACCCUAACAAGGCCUUGAUUUCUGGGUUUUAUACCAGACCCAUAUAUGUUUUGUUUUGUUAUUUUAUCCGCUUGCAAUGCCCUGCAUUGUACAGAUAGCUGAUGCCACUGUUCUUGCUAUAUAACUAUUAUUUUAAGAUUUCCGGGGCAUUUCUUAGAUAGCGGUGAUUAUAAAAAUGCCACAAGGUACAUUCUUUUAACGGUGAGCAGGGAAAAAAAAUAGACCUGGGAAAACCCCACUUUCAUAAAUGUAUUGCUCUAAGAAGCAACCUCUGCACAAAUAUCCUAAGGUUUGAUUACAUUGACACCAUAGAAAUGCAGUAUCAGUUUCCGGCUGGACGGUAAUUUGUGCUUUCUCAUUUGCUUUAAAAAGAAGUAUUUUCUGAAAGAUAAAAUAUGGUUUGCUCCUGUAUAAAACUAUAAGCCCAAUAAUAACGUAUGGAAUAUGUUUUUAUUUAUACAGGGUUUUUCCACAUGUUCGGUAUUUUCUUACAGACUUUUAAGGAUUUUUCCCCCCCCUUAUUUCCUCCUCCAGAAUAACGUGAAUAUGAUCCUAGAAGUCAAUUACAGGGAACGACUGUUGAACGUGUACAGUGAAGUAAAGAAACGUCUGGACUAUCAGGUGGCUCUACAGCAUCUGCAGCGGCGCAAGGAACAGGAUCACAUGAUCAGCUGGAUCGAGAAGAAUGUCGUGCAGAGCAUUACUCCUCAGCAGGUAAAGCAGCUGCAAAACUUUAAAGAGCACCUCUUGCACUAUACUAUUCUUUUUGUACAUUGGGCUAGUAAAUUCUUUGGCACACAUGUCAUCUACAAUUAUGUCGAAAAACAAGUUUGUAUGUACAGCUAUGUUUCCUACAAUUCUUGUUAUUCAAUUACAGAAUGAAUAGUGUUCUGUAAUUGAAUCGUGGCUAUUGUUUGGGCCAACAUGUUCAUCUCACAGAUAAGACAAGAGAGCAGCACUUAAGUAUUUUGUCAUGUAUACAUUUGCAAUUGGUUUAGCCUGUAUUGUGUGUAGAAUUCAUUUUAUUUUCUAAUUGAGGUUGACCUUGUUGAUGAGUACUCUACUUUAAUGACACUUUGCACCCUUCUGUUUUCUUUCUUCACAUUGAUUCCUUCUUUCUUAUUUGUCCCAAUAACUAAAUCCUUCCCAAUUUCAUUUCCUACAGCAAAAGGAGAGUAUCACAAAGUGUAUCUCUGACCUGAACGCUCUAUCCAAGACUGCCCAGGCUAAAGUCUGAACGUAUUGAUGCACAAUCUACAUCUUUAGAGUCCAACUGUUAAAGAACUGUUCUGUGUAUAAAGCUUAAUUAAAUAUUUUUACGCCGAGCUAUCUUUCUAUAUUGUCAUUUUUUUUUUUUUUUUUAUUGUGUGGUGAGGGUCUUAUUUAUCAACCCCAAAAAAUCGCG